GUCAAAAUCGCGCGAAACAAAACAAAAAAUCAGUGAGCAGGUUUGUUGUGCUGAGCAGCAAAGGGAUUUUUAUCAGCUUUGCUCGGUAAAAUUUAAGUUUAAAGUUGGAUAAAUUCAAUAAAAUAAAGUUAGGAAGACUACAAAGUGUAUAGACUAUACAAUCCCAAAAGUGUUUCGUCGGUGGUUCUGGAUCGUCCCAAUCUACUGACGCACCCCAUGGUCUUGGAUGUGAUCUAACCUCAUUCGUAUAAACAAAAGACCGAGAUUCCUGGAACUAGACUGUUAUCGUUAGAAUCAUGGCAGCUGUAAUCCGACUGAAGAGGCGAGUGGACGAAGACCCGCUGGAUGCUUUUGUGUUGAACUGUAAGCGACAGCGGACUGAGUUGCCGGACCCCAAUCGAAAUGCUGCUGAUCCGGAACCCACCGGAGAAACUUCGACAGUUUUGAAAUUCGCCGGAACAUUUACAAAGUCGGAUAACAUCUCCUCGCACCUUCGGCUCUCGAAGGACGAAGCCAAGGAGGCCAUUUCCCGGGUGCAUCGACCGAAAAAUGCCGUCCGGAAUCGAGAGGCCUCGCGGCAAAAGGCACAAAACAGCCGCUUCCGGAUCGUCAACUGCACCCGAUCACUCGGCGAGGUGGACGGAGUCGAGGGGGCGACCAUCGUGGACGUGGAGAGGGACAUCGUUGCUGCGGCAGCGGUUGCAGGACCUUCGAAAAAUGCCGCCGAGGAAAGCAGUUCGACGAAUGGUGUGGAGCAGAAGCGACCGGAGGAUGUGCCAGCGGCGGAACAGGACUACGUGUACGAUCUGUACGUUGCGGACGAAGCCCAACAGCAGUUGCACAUCCCGUACAUACCGGACAAUCUGGACGACAUCAGUGUUGCCAUUUACGACGACCCGCUCUACUCGAGCCAUCGCGGGCUGGGCGACCGGUCGGACGAUUCGGCGGGCGAAGAAUCGGAAGAUUCCAACGACGAAAACAACUGGCGCAAUGAUUAUCCGGACGAAGACGAGGACGUUUUCGGGGACUGCCAAAGUGUGGACGAGGACGACAUGCGUCGGGCCGUGGAAGAGCUGGAUCUCGAGGGAGACCGCGAGCUCUCGUCCGACGAAGAGGAAGAUUAUGGCGAGAGAGCGGAUGGCAACAGUGGAUUCGCCUACCCGGUGAACGACGACGUGCACGAUAAUUUGGAUGAUGAUGAUGGUGACGAUGACGAGUACCGCGAUGCCGAUGACGACGGCGUAAAUGUGAAUGAUGUCAAUCGGUUUGGAACGGCUUACGCGCGGUACAAGGCUCGAAUAAUGAAGCAGUUUGAGAAGAAGCAGCGCGGGUCGGAUUCGGAGGAAUAUGAAUCGGAGAUUGAUGGCAGCGAUGACUGCAGGUCGUCGUCGUCGACACGUGGGAGUGAUAGUGAUGAUUUUGAUUUGUAUGAUUAAAAUGCUUGUUUAAGUAUAAUAAAGUAUUCUAUUCCAUUUUCUAAUUAAUAACUAACUUCAUGCUUUAUGAAGAGGCUGAUGAUGACAGUUCCAUGCUAGACCAUCGUGUUCCUACAUUGCUCGUAAGUAGGAGGACGUUGGUUCGAAUCUCAAUUCAGCUCAAUUGCCUUGACUGGUUUCCUGUUUGGAUGCUCAUCACAUUGCGUCUAAACUUUAGAAGCUUCAAGGUAGAUCAAUUCACCACAUUCCAUUCGUAACAGAUGUGUCUUUCCCGCAAGGAGGCACCAUAUCACUUACGAUUCCGACAGUGGAGAACAUUUU